GGUCUCCAACAACACAAGGCGGCCCCACUACCUGUCUAUGGCCAGCAAGGGGGGGGAGGUCACCCAGGUGGUGGAUCUGGUGGGUGUCCUUCAUGACAGGGGCAUCGACAAGGAUAUUGCGGCAAGGGUGCUGGACGCCUCCCCGUCCUUUGGAUUUUCCAUAUAUGUGGGCUCAAGGCGCGAUUCCGACACUGCCUUCUCCGUGCACGUGGUCCUGGACGCUGGCACCAGGCCCCUGCCCUACUACCAGACAGCCAAGAACGACGCCUUCUCUCGAUCUGCCAUCGCCCUCUCACCUUGCCCCGUGCUGCUGCCAGAGCGCAACCGCUGGCGGCGCUAUGCCUGCACCUUGGAAAGCUAUGGCCCAGGUGUGAGGAGGGCGGUGGUGAGCCUGAGGGGCAAGGGUGUCGACCAGACGGACCAGUGGGGGCCCAAAUUCGCCAGCCCGGAGCUGGUGGUGCUGUCAGCGGGCGACACAGAGGCGUGGAUGAAG